AUGGAAAACCAAACCAAAAACAACGAAGGAGCAGGCGAAGAGAAUGUUUUCGCAAGGAGCGGAAAGUUGCUGAGAUCACCAGCAUCGACAAUGAAAGCGGUGGAUAGGACCAGUGAUAACAACCAGCAGGUCAAGAAACAAAGACCUCCAGGAGAACUAGAGAUUCUGAAUCAGAUGCUCACACCGAAAGCGGGAGGCAGUGCCUUUCAAGAAAGCCUCCAAUUCGGGAGGUCCAGCAUGGUGGAAGUGAGAAGAAAAGUAAAUGAGCUCUACGAUUUCAUUAAAGACAGGAACAACGUGCACACUAAGAUCAAGGAAAUUGUGACGUGUAUUAAAUCCGCCGUUACAGCUGCUGAACGCGAACAAAAAUCGCUGAGGUUGAGAGCUGAAACUGCUGAAAAGACGCUGAUAGAGAAUGCGGAAAGAACAAUCAACGAAGCAGAAGUUACUCGCACGGAGAAGCGGGUUAGGGAUUCUCCAGGGGAGGAAGAAGUUCCAAAAAACCAAGAACGUGAUGACGUGCGAAGGAAAAAAAAAGGUAACGAAAGAAAAGACACUGAAUGGCGUACCGUCGAGAGGCAGAAAGAGAAGAGGAAAAAGAGAAAGAGAACGGCGAAAAUAAGAAGUCAGAACGAACAAAGCAAAAACCCAGAGCUCGCAGAGUGA